CCUCGGCGCUGAGUGGAUUAUAUUGUAUGGGACUGGGGGCGGCCGCACGGCCGCGGCGGGACGGGGCGAGCGCGCGGCCCCCGCCGGCUGCCGGAGCAGCAGCGGCCGCUUCAGCGACUCGGCCCGCCGCCCCCCGCCCGGCGCGCCUUAGCUUGUGCUCACGCCGAGCGGCGGGAGCCGCCGCGCGCUGAGAGGCGCUGCCCGCGGCGGAGUCGGAGCGAGGGAAAGCGGGCGGGCGAGCGCGCCGGGGAGAUGUGCCCGGAGGAGGGCGGCGCGGCCGGGCUGGGCGAGCUCCGCUCCUGGUGGGAAGUCCCGGCCAUCGCGCACUUCUGCUCGCUCUUUCGUACGGCGUUCCGCCUGCCCGACUUCGAGAUCGAGGAGUUAGAGGCAGCUCUUCACAGAGAUGAUUCGGAAUUUAUCAGUGAUCUGAUUGCCUGCCUGCUUCAGGGUUGCUAUCAACGAAGGGAUAUCACGCCUCAGACAUUCCACAGCUACCUGGAAGACAUCAUUAACUACCGUUGGGAGCUUGAAGAAGGAAAGCCCAACCCUCUGAGAGAAGCCAGUUUCCAAGACCUUCCUCUCCGCACUCGGGUAGAGAUCCUGCAUCGCCUUUGUGAUUACCGGCUAGAUGCAGAUGAUGUCUUUGAUCUUCUUAAGGGUCUGGAUGCAGACAGUCUCCGAGUGGAGCCCCUGGGUGAAGAUAAUUCAGGUGCACUCUAUUGGUACUUCUAUGGGACACGGAUGUACAAAGAAGACCCAGUACAAGGAAGGUCCAAUGGAGAACUCUCCUUGAGCAGGGAAAGUGAAAGACAAAAAAAUGUCUCAAAUGUUCCUGGAAAAACAGGCAAAAGAAGAGGAAGGCCUCCAAAACGAAAAAAAGUACAGGAGGAGAUUAUAUCGAGUGAAAAGCAGGAAGAAAAUUCAUUGGUAUCUGAUCUGCAGACAAGAAAUGGGUCCCGAGGACCAGGCCAAGGUACUUGGUGGCUCCUGUGUCAAACAGAAGAAGAAUGGAGACAGGUCACUGAGAGCUUUCGAGAGAGAACUUCUCUCCGAGAGCGCCAACUCUACAAGCUCCUCAGUGAGGACUUCCUGCCCGAAAUCUGCAACAUGAUUGCCCAGAAGGGAAAACGUCCACAGCGCACAAAGCCAGAGUUCCAACAUAGGUUUAUGUCUGACCACCUGUCCAUCAAAUCCAUCAAGCUAGAGGAGACUCCCAUGCUCACGAAGAUGGAAAAGCAAAAGCGCAAGGAGGAGGAGGAAGAACGGCAGCUCCUUCUGGCAGUACAGAAGAAGGAGCAGGAGCAGAUGUUGAAAGAGGAGAGAAAGCGGGAAUUGGAGGAAAAAGUCAAGGCAGUGGAAGAUCGAGCUAAGAGGAGAAAGCUCAGGGAAGAGCGGGCAUGGCUAUUGGCUCAAGGCAAGGAACUACCCCCAGAACUUUCCCAUUUGGACCCAAAUUCUCCAAUGAGGGAAGAAAAGAAGACCAAGGACCUCUUUGAGCUGGAUGACGAUUUCACUGCCAUGUAUAAAGUUCUAGAUGUGGUAAAGGCUCACAAGGAUUCAUGGCCCUUCUUGGAACCUGUGGAUGAAUCUUAUGCCCCUAACUAUUACCAGAUUAUUAAGAUCCCGAUGGAUAUUUCAAGCAUGGAGAAGAAAUUAAAUGGAGGUUUAUAUUGUACCAAGGAGGAAUUUGUAAAUGACAUGAAGACCAUGUUCAGGAAUUGUCGAAAAUACAAUGGGGACAGUAGUGAGUAUACCAAGAUGUCUGAUAAUUUAGAGCGGUGUUUCCAUCGGGCCAUGACAAAGCAUUUCCCUGGUGAAGAUGGAGACACAGAUGAAGAAUUUUGGAUCAGAGAGGAUGAAAAACGGGAGAAAAGGAGGAGUAGGGCUGGUCGAAGUAGCGGAAGCCAUGUUUGGACCCGCUCUAGAGACUCAGAAGGAUCCAGCAGGAAGCAGCCACCAGUGGAGAAUGGAGGGAAAUCGUUGCCCCCUGCACGCCGGGCUACCUCCUCAGGGGACGAUCAGAGUAGCAGUUCUAAUCAGCUCCCUCCAGAGAUGGGCACAUCCAAUGGCCAAGGCUUUUCCCGCCCCUUGCAUUGUGGCAGGGUGCCUAACCAAGCACCCCCUUUAAACCAGAUGCAGCCAGCAGCGCCAGGAACAUUUGGCUCUCUUCAAGGAUCAGAUCCCACCAACUUAUAUGGCUCCUCUCGAGUCCCAGAGGUGCCCCCAGGAGAUCCUUUACAGCACCCACCCUUUGCCAUACAGGCUCCAGUUGGAAUUAGCAACCACCGAGGACCCCGGCUCAGUGCUCCUAAAGAGAAGAUGUGUGAAGGUCUAACACACCUCUCCAAAAUGGGAUCACAUCCCCCCUCCUUGCAACUUGGGCAGAUGAAUUGUCCCAGUCAAGAUGGAAACAUCUAUCCACCAGCUCCAUUCCAGGCAGGAUUUAUUCCUUCUAGGCAUGGUGGGACUCCAGCCCGACCCCCAGACUUCCCUGAAAGCUCAGAAAUUCCUCCUGGUCACAUUUAUCAUUCAUACAAGUACCUGAAUCGAGUACACCCUGCUGUCUGGAAUGGGAACCAUGGUACUACAAACUCAGGACGUUUGGGGCCAGAUGAGAAGCCCCACUUGGGACCAGGACCCUCUCACCACCCUCAUACCCUUGGUCAUGUGAUGGAUGCCCGAGUGAUGAGACCACCUAUCCCACCAAACCAGUGGGCUAAACAAUCAAGCUUUCUACCUCAUGGAGUUCCUUCCUCGGGGUACAUGCAACCACCCUGUAAGUCUGCUGGACAUCGGUUGCAGACACCUCCAGCUCCAAGUCCUCUGUUCGGGGGACCCUCCCAGGCUCUCCGGGGGGUCCAAGGAGGGGAAUCCAUGAUGGACAGCCCUGAAAUGAUCGCCAUGCAACAGCUCUCCUCCCGAGUCUGUCCCCCAGGUGUGCCUUACCACCCCCGCCAGCCUACUCCUCCCCAGUUACCUGGUCCCUUUCCACAGGUAGCUCAUUCAGCAUCAGUGUGUGUGUCAGCCCCCAAGCCUGCUUUGGACAACCCUGGGAGCACACAGGAUGUCGGUGAAACACAAGAGCCUGAGAAUGACAGGGCAGAGCCUUUGCCUGGGCUUGAAGAGAAAACAGCAAGUGUUUGUGCUUCAGAGGGUGUAUACCUCAAACAGCUACCUCACCUGACACCUCCCCUGCAAGCCAACUGUACCAGGCAAAGCUCACCACAAGAAAGGGAAACAGAGGACUCAGAACUCAAAAGUGAUGCUUCAGAAACUGCAGACAAUUAUAAAGCAUCAAAGAGCAAGAACACCUGGCCUUUGGAUAAUAGCUACACCAGCCCACCUGUGCAAGGUUGUUUGAGAGACGUCUCCAUAGUGGCAGACAGAGGGACUCUACCUGAAAAUGGGGUUGUUGAUGAAGCAUCUCCUUGUAGGUCAGAGGGGAAGGGUCUUGGUGGCAGUGGUUCAGAAAAGCCACUCUGCCCCAGAGGUAAAACAUUGCAGGAAACCAUGCCCUGUACAGGACAGAAUUCCGCAACACCUCCUAGAACAGAUCCCAAUUUGAUGGCAGGCACUGUAAAUCAGUUUUCUCCCUUAUACAUGCCUGGUCUAGAAUAUUCUAAUUCAGCUACACAUUACCAUAUGAAUUCAGGUCUGCAAGGCUUGGGCUCUGUGAUGGGAGGAAAGUCCCCAGGAUCACAUCCUCAGCCCUUCUCCCCCAGAGGGUUCCAGCCUAACAAUCCCCAUCCUGGACUCUUUCCCCAAUAUCGCUCCCAGCAGGGAAUGAGGUAUGCCUACCAGCCAUCUUCUCAGCCCUCCUACCAUCCCUAUCAGCGGACUCCUUAUUACACCUGUCCACAGGGCUUUUCUGAUUGGCAGAGAUCUCUCCCUUCCCAGAGAAGCCCAAGUGGGCCCCCAGGGAGUCACCCCCCACGUCCUUUCUUCUCAGAUAAGAAUGCCUUGUCUAGCCUGCAAGGUUGUGAGACACUCAAUGCUGCCUUAACUUCUCCAACUCAAGUGGAUACAGUGGCUGCUAAAGUUGUCCCAUCUGAUGGACAGAAUCCUGGUCCAGAGGAAGAAAAGCUGGAUGAAUCUGUGGAGAGGCCAGAGAGUCCCAAAGAGUUUCUAGAUCUGGACAACCAUAAUGCAGCUACGAAGCGGCAGAGCUCGCUGUCCACCAGUGACUAUCUUUAUGGAGCUCCACCUCCAUCUCUGAGUUCAGGAAUGACUUUCGGCUCGCCUGCUUUCCCACCCCACAGUGUGAUGCUGCAGACAGGGUCUCCUUAUACUCCUCAGCGUCCACCUAGUCAUUUUCAGCCCCGGGCAUACCCAUCCCCUGUGGCUGCCCAUCCACCUCCCCAUCCAGUGGCCCCCCAGCCCAAUGGCCUCUCUCCAGAGGGCCCCCUCUACCGAUGCCAGGAAGAGGGCUUAGGUCACUUUCAGGCUACAAUGAUGGAGCACACUGGCACUGGAAGCGGAAUGAGAGGAUCUUUCCACGAAGUGCACAGACCAUCAGGAAUGCACAUGCAUCCAAUCCAGUCACAGUCCUUAUUCCCAAAGACCCCAGCACCUGUAUCGUCACCGGAACAGUUGCCACCACAUAAGCCCCCAACACUUCCUCUGGAUCAGAGCUAGUCCAAGGAGGAAAUAACCCCCAUGGGAAUGGACAGCUGCAUGUGAAGACAUCCAGGCCUUUGGAGGAUUUGGAGGAUGAUUUUUGUAGGCUCGUGUUCUGCUAUCCUGCUCCACCUCUUCUGUGAAUCAUACCAUCCUCAGCUUGAACUGCUGGGCUUUAGAUGCACACUCUGUAAAUGACUGACUGACAGGGCCCAUGGCUGGGAUCAGCUGCACAGCUGACUACUUAGCAAGAGCAAGUUCUUGGAGUUCUUGCUGGCUCCUCCAAAUCUCAAGACUCUGUUCAGGGAAAAUCACUUUAAACUUGGGUGGAGGGUACAUGUAAGGAUGGAGUGGUGCUCCUAAACUUUCAUGAGCAGCUAAUCUCAGGUAUAUAUUUGGGAAAGGGACUACUUGUAGUAUUAAUGUGUUUGGAGCUGGGUCCAGUUUACAGAAUUUUCAUGUUGCCUCUUUUGUUUUUGUUUUUUUGGGGGAUUUUUUUUUGUUUGUUUGUUUGUUUUGUUUUUGUUUUGCUUUUUUUUGGUGAAUGUAUUGUAUAUAGAGUGGGACAGCCAGGUGGGCACAUGGAGGAGCUGGGAGUCCUUCCCAAGUGGGGCAGGCACACAGUACUGGAGUAGUGUCUGUCAGGUCACACUGAAGCUUGUGGAGCUUGGGAAAGAGACCUGGAAGGUUUCAGUGUGUGUGUGUCACUAACUUGUUUUCCUAGUAGCCUCCUUUCCAGCAAGCCUCCGAGGACUUACUAUAGUCAUCCUCAGCGUUUAUUUCCCAGUUUGUUGUAUAGCCUACUGGGUGUUUCUUAAGCCAGAAGGCAGGCUGCUCUCACCUUGGUGGCCCAGGUUCUGGAUUUGGGAAAGUAUGUCCCUUCCUGAUUUUUCCACCAGCUCUACCAGAUAGUUGUAAACCAGUAAUUUGGGCUCUUUAGAGUGUUUUACUUAUUAGAAGUGGUUUCUUCAUGGGCCUGUUAGGCCUGUGGUCUAGAAGCCAUCACACAACGCUUUCUAGCACAAAUUGUGUUUUGUGAAAGUGACUACUCAGGUUUGUUAUAUAUGUUAGUCUCAAUAAAGAAAUUGCACAGGUUUGAAUAAGGAAAGUAUAUUCUAUAGAUUUAAAUUUGAAUUUAGGACUAUUACAGUAUGUAUAGUUUUUAUUCAGUUUAAGAGAAUCAUAGUAGCCUCAGUUGUAUUGAUUUAAAGUAGCUGUCAAGGGCUAGUUCUUGGAAAUUAUUUGUUGUGUCUGUCAUAGGAAACAAUUUACAGUAUUACAUUACUAUGGAUUUAGAAGUGAAUUACACUGGAUUCUCCCUGCUGUAGCCUUCUACAUUUUCUUUUAGCUGAGAUAUCACCAAAGUUAGGACCUAUGUUUAAAUUUUUUAAUGUCUCACACAAAAUAAAACCAAGGGAAAUGCCCUGGAGUUGCAAGUCUCUGUAAAAGAAUAUAACUUUGGGGUGGUAGAGAUCUCCAUAAAAUACCUUUCUGCCCUAGAUUCUUCUUAGAAGUUUAGGUGUGGAAAUUUCCCUCCAGCCCCAGCAUCCACAGUAAAUGCAGAAUAGUCUGCCAAAUAUUGUGAAGAGGGAAGGAAAAGAAACUGGAAACAUCUAGGUUGUAGAGAUAAUUGGACCCUAGAACACCUGCUCUCCAUAGCAGUGACUGCUUACUAGCCUGCUGGUGGUGCUGACCCCUGUAGUAUCUUCCAGGUAUGCACACACAAAUAGGCAAUUUUCUUUCCAAAAAAAUUUGUUUUAAUUCUAAAUCAACGGAAUUAGAAGCCUAAAAACUUAACAUGAUCCAGUUUAGAAUGUAAAAAGGUCAGAUUUGUUAGGUGGCUCUUGGUCUGCUGUUUCUGUACUUGCCGCCAUAGCAGAGGCCUGUAACAUGUCACCAGGAAUGCUACAGCCCUCAGGCCUCUUUCAAGGUGCUAAAACUGGAGGGAGGUCACUAAGCUGAGUGCAUUCUGCUUCCACCUCUCCACCUCACCCCGUUACCUGUUUCUAAUGAAAUGCUGUGAAUGGCACUGGGGAGCAAGGAAUUGGUGAGUUCCUUAAUCCCUUAGCUUCUUGAGAAAAUUAAAUAGAAAACUGAGCUACUGUAUUAAGUUCUAACACUCUGAGAAGAACCUGUUGUGUCCUGUGUGGGAAUUGGGUGGUGCCUAGUGUUUACAGAACCUAGUCCUGUAGGUUCUUCCUCUGGUCUGGCCCCAACAUUUUUUGGUCUUUGAAGAACUAGGUCCCUUGGAGCAGCCAGAACAAAAUGCUACACUUCUGUGAGCCCCUCAUCCACUGGAGUGCAGAGAAAAGCAAUUGUUUCCGCCUUUCUCCCAGCACUUCUCUUCCUGGUGUCUUUGGCAGAUGCAAAUAACCUCAUUUGCAGUCUUCAGUAGGAAGUGGUGGUUAUUCAAGAUGUAAUGAUUAGAAAGUAGUAAGUAAAGGUGUCUUAAGAGAUUCACUCUUGGACUAGGACCUGUAUCCACUGGUCACCAUGACCUUGUCAUUGUCACUAUGUUGACUCCAUGGUCCCCAGAAGGACAUAGCUGCGCAUAAUUGGAAGCAUUCUUUGAUUUAGUGUUAGACUUACCUUUAUCAGACUUAGUCAUAACUCUGAAACCUUAGGGUCUCUACAGAUGUGUGGUGGUGCAGGCCUUUAAUCCCAGCACUCGGGGAGGCAGAGGCAGAUGGAUCUCUGUGAGUUUGAAGCCAUCCUGGUCUACAGAGCUAUUUCCAGGACAGCCUCCAAAGCUACAGAGAAACCUGUCUCAAAAAACAAAACACCCCUAGGACCUAAAAGAAACAAGAUUCAGAAAGUAGAGCCUUUUAGAAGGUUUAUGGGUAUAUGUCUUUGUCCCUCAACCCCAGUCCUGCUGUGAAAUCUGUUUCUUUUUACCAAAAUAAAUAAAUAAAUAACAGGGCUAAAAUUCCUUGCUUAGAAGAAUGUGAAGAAUAGAUCAAAAUAUGCAGCGUUCUUGUUCAUGUAACUUUAUCCCAUCUUAAAAAUAAAGGGACAGCCACUCUGCCUUCUGAGCCA